GGGUUUUGAUUUAAAGUGGCUUAAGCGGAGGAGACCAGACCGAGGGUUUUAGACAUCGGAAAAGAAAAAGGGGCAAAGGAAAAACCCUAACCGAUGGAUCCUUCGGCUCUCAGUUCCGCUGAAAUGCAGCGAUUCCUCAACCAAGAGAAGGAAAAGGCCAUGGUUAAUGAGAUGGUGGCAAAGCUUACUAGUGAAUGCUGGGACAAGUGCAUCAGUGGUGCACCUGGGAGCAAGUUCAGCUCAAGUGAAUCAGCUUGCCUUUCCAAUUGUGCUCAGCGAUUUAUGGAUAUGAGCCUCAUCAUAAUGAAACGCUUUCGGUCGAUGCAUUGAGAAUUUUAUGAUUGUUUUGAUGUGUCAGUUACAAGAUGUUAUUGCUUGUUAGCCUCUGUAGGCAGUUAACUGUACGAGUUACAAGCUGUUGCGCAUUCUUUUAACCUAAAGCCUUCCUUUUUAAUGCUGCAUGAUUUACAUCGUUCUGCCA